UCAAUAACCAUGGUUAACUUCUAAUCUCAUACAAUUCUAGAUCGGGCACAGGUUUCUCGAAAGUUAGUCAAUUAAUCGGCCUUUAAACGUACAUUCUAAAAUCACAUCAAUUGACGAGCUUUGUAACACCAACACUUUAAUUCCCAUCGCCGAACUCGAUCACAAGCAAUAACAAAUGAUGAGCAACACGAACAGCUUGAUACUGCUUGGAAGAAAAGCACUCACCAAUACCCAAACUCAAAUUCUGAGCUUUCGUUACUUCCGUUCUCAAGCCGCCUCCUCCUCCUCGGCUCCCUCUUCUUCUCCUUCUGCACCAAACAGUAGGCUCUUUGUUGCAGGGUUGUCUUGGUCGAUGGACGAGAGAUCAUUGAAAGAUGCGUUUUCUUCCUUUGGGGAGGUUACUGAAGUCAGGAUAAUGUAUGAUAAAGACUCAGGUAGAUCCAGAGGCUUCGGAUUUGUGAACUUCACAAAUGAAAAUGAUGCACAAUGUGCAAAAGAUGCAAUGGACGGAAAGGCAUUAUUAGGGCGACCGUUGAGGAUAAGCUUUGCCCUUGACAAGGUCCGUGGAGGACCUGUUGUCGUUCCUCGACUUUCAAACAUUGAUAACGUUGUGGACCGAAGGUCUUGAAGCUUUUGGUGUGGAAACUGGAAAGCAGUAGUGUGAAGAACCUCAAGGUAGUAUUGUUUAAUAAUGGCAGAGAAAUGUAAUAUCAAAUCUCUUGUUUGUACGCUCCUAUAUCCAAUUAUUUGGAAGAAAUGAGGGAUCCAAAUGUUUGUAUCACUGCUCAUGAUUUUUCAUUCUUUAUAAGUCAUGAUAGAUAUUUCCCUUUUUCUUUUCUUUUUUUUUCCUGCUUAGAAAUCUUGUUUCCCAUCUUAGUAGUUUGUCCAAUACAUUAGAUUUAUUUGCCUUAUUCUUAUUGGAGUUUCUA